AGCCUGUUGCUCCUUCGCCGUAACAGCGCGGCCCGCGUUUCAGUGUAACGGCGGCUUUCCGUGACAAUGGACACGACGCCGGAGCCGUCCUCCUAGUCCCCGCCCAGCAGUGCGUGGCUUCGCGCGGCGAGCGAGAGCGAUCGUGUGAACGCGCGUUAGUGCGAGCGAGAGAGAGCGAGUGAGGCGCAGACGGGUAGACCUCUCGUAACGCGAACGUCGUCGUCACGUGCUGCGUGCGUUGUUUUCGUCGUCGUCGUCGUGUCCGUGUGUCGUUUCGCGCGCGCGUGCGUGUACGCGUGUGUGUGUGUAUUUGGUGUGUGCGUGCGCGUGUGUGCCGCACAGCGACCAUCUGUGCGCGCCCCGUCGUCGUUGUCGUCGCGUAUUUCGCGUCUGACGGGGGACCAGAGAAUAAAAAAAAAGAUUUCGGGCCCAGAGGGUGGUGCGUGUGUGUGUAUUUGAACGCACAGGCCGCGCAGGAGGAGGGCGACUGUCGUAUAUACGAUUUUCGUAGUACUAUUUAUAUAUUAUAACAUAUAUACGUAACACAUAUACAUACAUAUAUAUAUAUAUAUAGUAUUAAAUAGUACGAUCUCCUGGACCGCUACGACCCGCCGGGGUGACCGACGACGACCAUCACAAGCCGCCGGCAACAUCAUGCACCACUACCGGACCAGGGAAGACGAGACGCCCUGCGGGGGCGACCCGUACUUCUAUCUCAGGCUCUCGGCCGGCGCUGCCCCCUACAGCCCCCUAGAGCCCAUCAAGCUCGAAGUGGACGUGAAACCCGAACCCCGCAUGACGCCAGUCGACGACUGCAGCAUGAAACGCGUGUCUCCGCUGGCCGACCCGGUUUCCGCGGUAAUGGACACCGCGGCCGUCGUGCCGGACAUCGGUGGUUGCGGCGGCGUUAUCGUGGGCGGUGUGGGUCUCGGUGCCGGUGUCGAUUGCAAAGACGAGGGGGGUGCAACCGGAAUCGGUCUGCUGGCCCUCACGCAGCUCGACGGUUACGGCGGCUACAACAAUAAGUCGUACUGUCACGCGGACGGUGGCGCGGUCGACUUGCAGCUGCAACACGACCGCGUCGGCGACGAAAACGACAAAGACCACUGCAAAUAUUCGUACGGCCGAAUGAUGUACUCGUCGCCCGAUGACGAUAAUAUUAUAAAACAUCAGUAUGGCGGUGAUGAAUUUUCACCAGAUCCAGCUAGAUUUGCUGCUCAAAAACCUGGUUCAUCUGUGUACAAUGCUGAUUCUUAUUACUUAGACAGUACAGGAAAUAAUAGUGAUGUUUGGACAACUAGUGCUACUGCUCAACUUCAGUCUCCUACAACGUAUACAGCAUAUACCAACCCACCCAAUUCGCUGCUGACCACGUCUCCAAACAUGACGCCAAACAAUUUUCCACCAACAAACACUAUGCUAACACCAGAAAAUUUGGGCUAUAAUACUAUUGGUCCAAAUGCUAGUAUACCUCCUAGUGGUGUUUCACCUGCUACAGAUGGCCUAGGCACUUCCCCUCUACCACCUAUGUCAAGUUUGCGUGGAGCUCCUCCUUCUGUUCCAAGUCCAAUUGCAGUUACCCCUAGCUCAAUGAUGUACCCAGGACAUAACAGUCCCACUAUUCAAACUCCCGGGGAUACACUUGGCAAAACCUUAGCAUCAAUAUAUCCCACUGACCAGAGUGUCAGCAGUUACAGUUCAAAUCCAUCUACACCUGUAAGUUCACCACCACCUUUGGCACCUUUAGCGCCUGCAAACAGUGCCGGAUCUUGGACCCCUGGCGUAGUACCACCUCAUCCUGGAUCUCCUCAUUUUCCUACUGACCAUCGCACUAUUCAUUUGGGUAGUCGUAUGGAAGAAAGACUGGACGAUGCCAUAAACGUUUUAAGAAAUCAUGCUGAAAGUCAAGCUUUAAGUUUAGCUGGUGUUCAACAUUCCGCUUCAGGCAUUGUACCAUUGUAUCAUCAACAUUUAGGAAGUCCCCAUUCAGCAACUGCUACAGUAGGAGCUGUUCCAAAUACAUACCAAACACUUUCAACAUGUCAAGACAGUGAUGGGCCAAUCAAAAUUGAAAGACUAAGCAAUAUCAAAAAACGGAAAGAACCUCCAGACAGUUCGGACAUCAAGCCUACUAGCAGUGAUCACUUGUUAGUAAAUAACAUCGUUAAUGCCAAUUCACCCCCAAACAAUUCGCCUAUAAAUAAAAAUUCAAAACGAUCCCGUCGAUAUUGUUCUAGUGCUGAUGAAGAUAAUGAAGACCCAUCAACAAAAGCACAUAGAGAAAAAGAACGCAGACAAGCCAAUAAUGUCCGUGAAAGUGUGGACGACGAUAGUGAAGAUCCUGAAUUAAAAGCUCAACGGGAAAAGGAGCGCCGCCAAGCAAAUAACGCUCGAGAAAGAAUUCGAAUUCGUGACAUUAAUGAAGCAUUAAAAGAACUUGGCAGAAUGUGUAUGACACACCUAAAAACCGAUAAACCUCAAACUAAACUGGGUAUUCUCAAUAUGGCUGUUGAAGUCAUCAUGUCACUGGAACAACAAGUUCGAGAGAGAAAUCUUAAUCCUAAAGCAGCUUGUCUAAAGAGGAGAGAAGAAGAAAAGGCCGAAGACAAUGUUGGACCAAAAUUGGGACAUCAUUUAUCGGUAGCACAACACAUGGUUGUCCAAGGACCACAUUUUCCACCCAUGACUUUGCCAAAUAAUCAAGCAGGCUUGCCUCAUAAUGGACCCCAGUAGCGAUGGUGUACAACUUCACCUCAAAUAUUAUGCUCCUAAGUGAUUUGGAGGUGAUGGCAUUAGUUUGCCCUUACAUUAAAAUCUCCAUUGAAAUAUUGCCAAGUAUAUUAUAUUAGUGAUAUUUUUUAUUCGUAUGACAUUGUUUUUUUUUUUAUAUACUUGCAUUAUAAAUGAUUUUUUUGCCCUUUGUGAUUAAUACAAGCUAAGCCGAAGUUUUAUUAGACAUUUAGAUUAUAUAUUUUAAAUAUAAGUCUGAAUUCAGAAUAUUUAUCAGAGUAUAAACAUACAAAGUUCAAAUGUUUUUAUGUUGAAUUCAGUCUAAAAUCAAUACUUAAUUUAUAUACUGAUAUGUCUUAAUUUUCCUCUAAGCCCUUUUCAGCAUUAGAAUUGCCAAUUUAAAACCAGUAAAUAAAUCACAAUCAUGCCCAAAAUAUAAUUGCAGUAAGUACAAAUUUGAACUCAAAACAAGUUCCCAAAUUUCUUAUGCAACUAUUAUCUUUUAUGUUGUAUUUUAUUUACAUUUUAUUAUUGAUCAUUACAAUUCUUAUCAUUGGCGCAACUAACUCAAAAAAAAAAAAAAAAUUAUAAAAUAAGCUCUUCUAUAUUAAAACCUUUUUACAUUCCUAUAACCUUUACCAAAUAAUUAUAUACAUAUUAUUUUUAUAACAAUUAACUAACUGCUCUUAUCUAUUUAAAAAUAACAACUAUUUAUGUAUAUAAUAUAUGAAUGCAUUAUAUAUCAACCAUGUGUGUUUGGCUUAAAUCAAAAAACAUGGUACAAAAUUAGUUAUGUGGUUAUAUGAUGGGGGUUCCAUGUUUUACAUAUACUUGAUAAAUUAAAAUAUUUUAAUUCUUGACUUUUCAAAUUAAAUUAGAUUGCUUUUAUAAUAUAUUAUGUUAGUUGUCCAUCAUCUUAAAGAACUACACAUGUAGUGAAUAUUAUACGAUGCUGAGCAUUGGAAAACCACCUUACCAAGUUGUGCUAAUGAUUAUUAUAAAAUAAUAUUCAAGUUACCGGUUACUUCUUAAGUUUGAGGGUUACAAAACUAAUCUUAAUUAGUUAGUAGCAUCAUAAAUUAAUCUUAAAAUAAUAACUUCUUUUCUUAGAUUUGCUCUGUCUUCACUAACGGCGUGAUUAUGUAUGAUUUAUUGAAAGUUGAUUUAUAAAUUUUUUAAGUAAUGUAUUUAAUAAAGGUUAUUUUUAAUACACAUGUGUAUUCAUGUGACCAAUACCAAAUUUUUAUUAGUAUAUUAGAAGAAAAAUGUAUGUGUUGAAGCUUUAAUUUUUUUUCUGAUCAUUGUUUAUUAAAUAUAUUUUUUUUCUUAACAGAUUAAUAUUUUUUUUAAUAUAACUAUAUAUAUAUAUAAUAUAUCAAUUUGCAUUUUUUAGAGAAAAAUAAUUAAUUUCAUUACGUUCGCGCCAGUAUUAAUUUUACAAUCAAAAGUAUUAUUACAUUUUGAAACACAUAUUUCUACAAAUCUAUUUUGUAUAUUUAUUGUAAAAACCGUUUCCUAAUAAGAAAAAUCUCCAUAGUAAUAAUUUUUUUAAUUUUAUUUUAAGGUUAUUUUUAUUUUUACAUUAAAAAAACUUAGCUUUAUAUAAAUUUUUUAAGUGCUGACAUGUACCUUUAGAUUAUUCAUUCGUUACUUGCUGCAAUUUUAAUUUUUGUCAGAAUAUAACAACAAUGGUAUACAGUUUUAAAAAUAUCAAUUAUUGAUCUUAUUCAAUUUACAUUUAAUUAUUCAAGUAUAUUUAACAUAUUAUGAGUGCAAUUAAACAUAUUGUUUGAAAAAUUAUCAGUGGUCAAUGAUAGUUAAAAUAAUUUUAAAAUACAAAGAUUUUUUAUUCAAAUAUUAAAAAUAUAAUUCAUUUAAGUGAAAAGUUUUAAUAUCUAGUACUUCACAAUUGUUUGUAUGAAAAUUAAACUAGUUCACAAGAAAAAUUAGUAAUAUAAAUUCAAACAAGAUUAAUAGAUACUCAAUUAAUGAUAUAUUAUCUUUAACAACAUUAACAAAAUUGAUGAAAUUUGAGAAUGAAAAAUAAUUGUAAGACAUGAUCCUCUCUUACCAUCUACUACUCUGACCACUUGUAAUUAUUUAAUUUUAUGUUAAAUGGUUUUAGUUACAGACAAGAGAUAUAUAAUACGGUUUGCUUACAGUUAAAUUUAUGAUGCCAAUUAUUUUUUAACAAUUUUUAUCAAUAACUUAAAAGUCGAAUCUGAUAUAUUUUAAAUUUAUAAAAAUUGAAUGUUCAUAAAAAAACUUUUAGCUAUCAGGUUUUUACAUGCUAAAAACAUAUUUUUCAAUAAUCACUGUCUGCUACCAAACAGGCAUCUAAAUUUGAUCAUUUAUAUACCUGUUGUCUGUAAAUAUAAAUCAUAUAUCUCAUAAUUAUUGUACCAUAUAUUGUGUAUUUAUGUUAAAAAUACAAUUUUUAUAUGUUUUAUGAAUGUAUAUUAAAAUGUAUUUACAUUAAAUAAAAUUUCAAAUUAAAUCAGUUACAUACUAUGUAUAUCAUGUACUAUAACUAAUCCUGUCCCAUGUAUAAUGUUGUGGUAAAAUAUAAAUAUGUGUACUUAAUAAAUAUAUUCUAAUUAUUGUGUUAUAUAAAUCCCACAUAAAUUAGGUCCAUGUAAGACAUGAUUUAGUGGUACAUGUUGUACAAAAUAUGGUGCUGCACUCAAGUUAAAAUAAAUAUUCAAAUCAUACAAGAGUUUAUUAAUACUUAAAAUAUAGUUAAAUAGGUAUUAUUAUGUACUUUAACACAAAUUAUAUUUUAUCUUAAUUAUUGUUCAUACUAUCAAAGAAACUUUGUCCAAUACCUUUUAAUUAUCAUCGUUCAGAGUUUUACUAAGUGCAGUGUUAUAUAGUAUGUAUAAUUAAUUUUCAGCCUGGAUACAUUUAAAAUAAUUUUUAACUGUGAAAUUCUUUUUUUGUUUUAAUUUAAAUUAAUUUUUAGUUCUUGUAUUAUAUUAUUAAUUCUAUAUAUAAACUUAUAUUUUAAUAUAGUUUUAAUAAAACCAGACAUUUUUUCUUCUAAAAUAAUUGAAUGUUUUUUUUUAUAGAAUUAAUAUUUUUGAGACUAGAAGUUAAAAAUGUUUGGUAUUAUAAUGUAGAUUAUUAUAACUUUUAAUAUAUAAGAAAAAUGACUGGAGUUGUUCUGUAUCAUUAUUUUAAUAUACAUAAUUUAUACCUAUAUUAAAAUUCCCCAUUAUUGUUAUUACAUUAUUAUUGAUUAUUUUUUUUUUUUUUUUUUGUAAAAUUAGACUAAAUAAUAAAAAUGCUAAAAUAUACAUAUACUGAUAAAAAUAUAUACAUACAUACAUAUUUUAUAUAUGUAUACAUCAUAUUAUGUAUUAAGAUUUUAGUAAACUAUUUGUUAGGUAUAAAUGUAUAUGUUAUGAUGCCAUAAUUUGUAUUCUUUUCUUAUUAAAACUCAAAAAAUGAUUAUAAACAUUUUUUUUUUAUUAUUAUUAUUAUUAUUAUUACUAUUAUUAAUUUAUAAUUGUCAUUCUUUAGUAUAUUAAUUAAAAUUAAUUUUGUUUUAUUUUACGUUUAACUUUUAAAAAAUGAACAUCACUUAAACAUCACCACAACAACAAUGAAAGAUUGUCAUCCAUAAUAUUAAUGUCGUGGUUUACUGUAUAUAUAGGCUAUAUUAUUUAUAUGUUAAUUUUUGUAACAUUUGAUUGAGAAUAAAAGUUUAAUAAUAUGUAUAAUAUUAUUAGUAUAAGAGGCA